AUGACUACGACUUCCGAGACUACCACCACAUCUCCCACCACAACGACGAUGACGACUACAACUACAUCUCCAACUACCACCACCACAACGACAACAACAACAACUACAACCACAACUACAACAACAACAACUACAACCACAACUACAACAACCACUUCAACGUCAGCAGCUAGCUGCACUGACCUGCCCAAUCCGUACACGGCUCCGAACAGCGAGCAAUUCAGCAUCGACUGUACGUCCUACUACUUGUCUACUGCCACCAACACCAUCUCCGUUAGCCCAACCGACGACCUGCAGGAUUGUCUGGAUCUGUGCUCAACAACCGCGGGCUGUCUCUUCGCGGACUGGGUCAAUAACCCAUCCGCCGGAAAUUUUCAAGAUUGCUACUUGCUCAGCAGUAAUGACGGCGGGCUAUUCACCUAUACCGGUAUCAGUUCCGGAACUUUGGUUACCAGCUAG